AUGGAUACUUUGGAAGUUGAUAUUGCCGAAAACGUAGAUGAUUUGGGCUAUAAUGAAGAAUAUGACCCCGAGGAACAACAAAAUAACAGAAAAUCUAAUAAGGAAAUUGAUUACCAAGAAUUGGAAGAAGAUUUUAAUAGAAAAUCGUUCGAUUAUGGACCAUUGCGCUCAAAAAGGAGAAAUUUUAGAACACAAAGGCCAUACCAAAGGCAUAGAGGAAACUUUAGAUAUCAAAACCACAGAGAAUCAAGAGGUUCUGGACCUUAUUCUAGACAAAAUAACCAGACAAAUCGCAAUAACCUUGUUUUAAAGCCAGACGAUGAUGAGCUGAAGCAAAUUGAAGCAAAGCUAGUAACUUUGUUGGACUCAUUUUCAACGUCAAAGGAGGAUAUUCUCUCGGUUCUAGAAGAUCUUAAAUUAGCCACAGAUAAAUAUAAUAAACAUAUUGCCUCAACACUUGUAAAAUGUGUCGAAUCGUUCCCAGUCAAGACAGGAGCAUACGCAAGUUUGGUUGGAUUGUUGAAAGUUAGUGGAAAGGCUGAUUUGGUGGAGUCAGUAAACCAGCAGGUGCUGUAUAACCUAGGAUUAAAGCUAUCAAACGGGGACCGAACGGGGUGUGUACUGUUGUUAAGGUUUUUGAUAGGACUGCACUGCUCUAACGUGACUUCAAACUCGGUAUUUGAAAUUUUGACACUCCUCUUAAAGCUCGCAAACGAAGUCGAAAACUUCUUCUACGAAAGUAGCGUGGACUACGUAAAGUCGGUGAUUAUACUCGAUAAUCUCAACUACAUGGUCCUGGCGAGUAUUCCCUGGUUUAGCAGGGAUGUAUUCAUGUCAAACGUCGAGACUAUAACGUCAAUGUGCGAAAAACUUUUCGAAUAUUCCGAGAGAAGAAUGAAGCUUAUGAAUUCCCUAACCUCAGAUUUAGAAUAUAACCCUAACCUUGAUUUGUCAGACUAUACCAAUACGAGUGUGGGAAAUAGUAAAAAGUUCAACCCUUAUUUGUACAAGUAUUAUUAUAAGGACACAGUUAAUUUAAAUUUGGACGACAGGUUUACAUCAGGAGUCCAGGCACUAAAAUCACUACUUAAAAAUGAUUGGACCAGUUCAACAACGUACCGCUUUUACCAGAGUAAAGGAAUUGUGGAAAAGCUCAGAGAUUCGUCAGAUUUUGUAGAAAACAAAGUCACAUCAGAUAACUUAAACUCAGUGUUACACCUGGACCUUAAGAACUUCAAUAACUUCAAACCGCUUUUACCAAAAACAUUUAAUUUCAAUUAUGUACUUGAUAAGUCACAAUUAACGACAACACAUGAUAAAUGGUUAUUUGAAGAGCAUGUAUAUUACGUAUUUGAGUUGUUCUCGGAUGAUUCACUGAGGUGCGCUCAGCAGCUGUUGGCAAUACCUUUGAACGAGGAGUUUAAGGAGUACGGGAUAGUGGACGUGCUGCUGAACCUGUGUUUGUCGAAGUUCUACGACAACUACUACUCGAUCUUCGGAACCUUGGUGAUGCAUAACCUGUGCACGCUGGAGGAGAAAACUGAGGACAUCUUCUACUCCUACGUCACUCAGCUGCUGGCAGAAACGGACAAGCUGGACUCGUGGGUGCUGAACACGCUAGUGAGCAUCAGCAGUUUCUGGUUCAAUAUGGAGUUUUGCAAGAUCAGAACAACGUCAGACGAUAUUAAUAUUGAGGGCGAGAAUAGCGAUGAGCUUAAGAAGGACCAGAUAAGACAAAAAAAUAGCAGACUCUUCAAGACGCUCUUUAAGCCCAAUAACUGCGCAAAUAAUUAUAACCUUAGACUAAUUGAGAAGGUAUCAAGGCUUGUUUACAUGGACAGACUUCUUAUAUAUUCUCCAAGCGAACUUGAGUCGGAAAUCAGAGCACUUGGAGUCCCCAAGGAUUUCAAGAAUAAGCCCUACGAACAUUUACUCUUCUUGAACAUGUUACACUUCAACAAACUAGCAGACGAAGAAAAUGAACUGAGAAACAGAAGAAUAGUGUCCUUUAUUAACAACUAUACAAAUAAGCCGUACCUAAAGGAGGCACCAAAACACCUGUUCUCAGAGACCAAAGAAACCAAAGAUUACGACGAAGUUAUACAUACCGAUGAGGAUGUAGUGCUCAAUUCUCAAGUAACAAGUAUGGAAACAACGAAUUUACAAGAGGACAUGAAUACAAAUUUGACAAAUACAAAAUCAGCUAGUUUGAUGAGUGAUGAGAAUGCAGAGGUUUGGAAAAGAGAUGAUUUGAUAAUGUUGUUUUGGGAUACGUUGCUGAUAUUCGGAAGUAAGUCGAUGACACACCUGUACAGGCUGCUGGACUUUCAUUCAGAUGUUUUGAAGAUGUUCGAGACCGUUGAAUUACCGUUUGAAGAGAGUUUGCCCUAUAAGGUGAUGUGGCAAACAGUGAUGACGUUUGAGAGGGACCAUAAGAGAUUGGAACUAUCGUUCGACUUUUUCAUAAGAAACAACGUGUUCACAUGUCCUGUGAUUUUACAGUUUCUGUUCACGCUCCCAGAUAACGUGUUGCUGUCAAACUUCUUCUUUUAUGCAGUCAACUCAGUGUUCUCAGAAGUCAAUUCAAGGCUAGUAAACUUUAGAGAAAACUACAAAGUGGCCUUGAGAGAACUCGCAGGAACGGUUGCAAUGGAGGCCAAAAAGCAGGAACUGGACGCUGUGGAACUCGACUACUUUAACUUUUUCGACCACUUCGUCCAUUUGGUUAGCGACAGGCUCUCGUCGUCAGAACCCAAAUUGGCGAAGGUAAUGGAAGAGAUUUUAGUAAGGAAACUUGUAAAGUACUCAUUUCAGGAAAAGUUAAACCUCAAACUGUACAAUUCAGUUUCAAACGUUCAUGAAACAGUCAAAGUUAUACUGUACAGAUUGGCAAUGCCAUCAUACCUAUCACCAUAA